AUGCCAAGAAAAAGUGGAAAAUCACCUACUGAGCAGCAAGGAGUAUCUGCAGGAAAGAGUGUGUCUGUUCCCCAGACACCUACUAUGCCUACUCUGCGUCCUGCUGAGGGACCAGACUCCCCGGCCGAUCUACCUCAGAUGAUCACCUCUACCCCUCGUUCCGAUGACACCGACUUUCAGGUAUUUGUCAGAAAGUCUCUGACUGAUCUUCAUCGUGGCCAAGCUGACAUUAACCGUCGUAUCACUCAGCUUGAAUCCAACCUCAGCGAGUCAAUCCAGUUCGAAAGUCGACGCAUAAGUGAUCUGGAAGAGAAGGUUAAAGAGCUGGAAGGAAUGCGUCAACACAUCCAAACAAUUGAUCAACAGCUGGCAGACCACAAUGACAGCCUAAACAAGCUUGAACGGUUCAGCAGGCGAAACAACGUGAGGGUCAUAGGUCUCCCACAAGAUAAAGACGAAGAAUGCCUGGAGUUGACCAAGCGACUUCUCCGAGACAAAUUUGGCCUGAGUGAUAUCAAGAUCGAGAGAGCUCAUCGUGAUGGUCCAAAGAUUCCAGGAAAGCCUCAACAUCUUCUCUUUAAGCUUAACUGCUACCAAGAUAAACUGGAAAUCCUACGUCGCCAGCGACAAGCUCUCUCUGACGAAUCCUACUUUUGCGUGGAAGAUCUGACCAAACAAGAUCUUAAAGAAAAACGGCGAUGGAAGGAUGACGUCAGAAAGGCCUACCAAGCAGGUAAAAAAUACCGGUUCUAUGCCGGAAAGUGGCGUGGCAGUGGAGGAGUGCCGUACGUCUUCCCACAACAGUAA